AUGACUAAAUGUGGAGUUGAGUCAGGAGGCAGAGAACCAGGAUUCAGGCAGUUACAAGACAAAAGCAGCUGCCCUCUCCAUGGCUCAGGUUCUGGCACAUUGGUGACAGUGAAAGUUCCUGCUCUAGGACACAGCAACAGGGCAACAGACUCCUAUAUCCCACCUCUGGGGCCCUGGGGAUCCAAGCUGCACUGCAGGUCUCCUAGAGAUUACACUUCCCGCAAUAGAAACUCCUCGGCUUCCUUCCGGAGCAUCCUAGAGCUGCUUUUCUCAAGCCUCCAUUGGGAGGUGGUGACUUUCAAGGAUGUGGCUGUGCACUUCACACAGGAGGAGUGGCGCCUCUUGUCCCCUCCCCAGAAGGAGCUGUACAAGGAGGUGAUGCUGGAGAAUGCCCGGAACCUGCUCUCUGUGGGUAAGGAGCCUCUCCAUGCUGCCCAAUGUGGAAAGACUUUCAGUCAGAGCUCCAAUCUUGUUGUACAUCAGAGAAUCCAUACUGGAGAGAAACCUUAUGAAUGCAAGCAGUGUGGAAAGACAUUCACUGAGAGGUCCAGUCUUGCUAGACAUCAGAGAAUCCAUACUGGGGAGAAACCUCAUGAAUGCAAACAAUGUGGAAAGUCAUUCAGUAUAAGCUCCCAUCUUGCUUAUCAUCAGAGAACCCACACUGGGGAGAAACCUUAUGAAUGCAAACAGUGUGGAAAAACAUUCAGUCAGAGCUCUGGUCUUGCUGUACAUCAGAGAAUCCACACUGGGGAGAAACCUUAUGAAUGCAAACAGUGUGGAAAAGCAUUCAGUAUGAGUUCCAGUCUUGCUAGACAUCAGAGAGUCCAUACUGGGGAGAAACCUUAUGAAUGCAAACAAUGUGGAAAGGCAUUCAGUAUGAGCUUCAGUCUUGCUAGUCAUCAGAGAACCCACAGUGGGGAGAGACCCCAUGAAUGCAAGCAGUGUGGAAAGACAUUUAGUCAGAGCUCCCAUCUUGCUGUACAUCAGAGAAUCCACAGUGGGGAGAAACCUUAUGAAUGCAAACAGUGUGGAAAAAUAUUCAGUAGGAGCUCCAGUCUUGCUAGACAUCAGAGAGUCCAUACUGGGGAGAAACCUUAUGAAUGCAUACAAUGUGGAAAUACAUUCAUUCUGAUUUCCAAUCUUGCUAGUCAUCAGAGAAUCUAUACUGGGGAGAAAUCUUAUGAAUGCAAACAGUGUGGAAAGGAAUUCAGUAUGAGUUCAAGUCCUAAUGUACAGAAGACAACUCACACUGGGGAGAAACCUCAUGAAUGCAAGCAGUGUGGAAAGACAUUUAGUCGGAGCUUUAAUCUUCUUGUACAUCAAAGAGUCCACACUGGGGAGAAACCUUAUGAAUGCAAACAGUGUGGAAAAACAUUCAGUGUCAGCUCCCACCUUGCUAGACAUCAGAGAAUCCACACUAGGGAGAAACCUUAUGAAUGUAAACAGUGUUCAAAGACAUUCAGUCAGAGCUCCCGUCUUGCUGCACAUCAGAGAAUCCAUACUGGAGAGAAAGUUUAUAAAUGUAAGCAGUGUGGAAAGACAUGUAGUCGGAGCUUUAAUCUUCUUGUACAUCAAAGAGUCCACACUGGGGAGAAACCUUAUGAAUGCAAACAGUGUGGAAAGGCAUUCAAUAUGACCUCCAGUCUUGCUAAACAUCAGAGAAUCCACACUAGGGAGAAACCUUAUGAAUGCAAACAGUGUUCAAAGACAUUCAGUCAGAGCUCCCGUCUUGCUGCGCAUCAGAGAAUCCAUACUGGAGAAAAAUUUUAUGAAUGCAAGCAGUGUGGACAGAUAUUCAGUCAGAGUGCCCAUCUUGCUGUACAUCAGAGAGUACAUACUGGGGAGAAACCCUAUGAAUGCAAACAGUGUGGAAAAACUUUCAGUCAGAGCUCUGGUCUUGUUGUACACCAGAGAAUCCAUACUGGAGAGAAACCUUAUGAAUGCAAGCAGUGUGGAAAAACAUUCAGAACAAGUUCCAGUUUUGCUUAUCAUCAGAGAACCCACACUGUGGAGAAACCCCAUGAAUGUAAGGAGUUUGGAAAGGGAUUCACAAAUAACUCCAGUUCUGCACCACAUCAGAGAAUCCACACUGGGGAAGAACCUUAA